AUGACUGCAGGUACCCAAAAAGCUAGCGGAUCCACCAAGACCCGUCCAAACAUCCUACCUCUCGCCGGUCUCGACAAUCUCACGAUUCAGACAGCAUUCCAAAACCGCCUCUUCACAUCGGUUGAGCUGACCUCAGUCUACCUUACCCGUAUUCGUGAAUUAAACCCCCAGUUUCACGCGGUGGCAGAAGUCAACCCGGACGCCACAUCCAUGGCCCACCUCCUCGAUGUUGAAAGACUAACAAACGGCGCUCGAGGCACGCUACACGGUGUGCCUAUUCUCUUGAAGGACAAUAUGCCCACUCUUGACGCCACGUUCACAACAUGUGGCAGUGUUGCCUUGAUAGAUGCCAGACCGUCUGAGGAAGCUGAGAUUGUGAAAACGAUACGGAAGGCGGGAGCUAUAGUACUGGGCAAAGGAAAUAUGGCUGAGUGGGCAGGCUUCCGGUCUACGAGUGGAUGUUCAGGUUGGAGUGCUAGAGGAGGUCAGACUACAGGCAUUUACCACCCAGGCAUGAAGGCCAGCGGGAGUUCGGGAGGUUGUGCCGUAGCGGUUGCAGCAGGUAUGUGCUUUGCAGCGUUAGGCACGGAAACAUGCUACUCCAUUGUUUCUUCAACCGAGAAAUCAGGGAUCGUGGGCUUCAAGCCUACGCGCGGUCUUCUUUCUUCAAAAGGGAUAAUUUACGCAUCCAAAAGACUCGACACUGUUGGGGUACUUACGCGUACUGUGUCUGACGCAUCGUUUUUCGUCCUUGGUCUUGUGCAGCAAAGCGAUCACAUCCCUUCACCAACAAAGCAGAAGCUAUUGCAAAAUCUGAACAGUGCAUGUUCAAGCACUCAUCUAAACGGCAUUCGCAUCGGCGUCCCCCAUCAUCUCAGCGAACUAGAAAACCUUCCUAGGUGUAGGAAGGAAGCAUUUGAAAAGACGCUCACAUUAUUAGAAAACGCAGGCGCUACCAUUAUCCACGACUUUCAGAUUACUGGUGCUUCGAGUUGGGAAGCUCUUUCACCAGAAGCUAAAAGCAUUAUUUUGGACACAGAUAUGAAGGUUGCGAUAAACUCAUACCUCUCUUCCCUCGAAAAAAAUCCUAACGGAAUCCAAAAUCUCCAAGAUCUCAUCACCUUUACGAAAGCUCAUCCAGCGGAGCAAUACCCGCGGCGGAAUGCCGAAGGUCUCGAGAGGGCGGAAGCCUCUGAUCUGAAUGGGCUGCUUUAUAGGACCAUGUUAGUAAAAGACAACUACUACACAGGCGAAGGUGGCAUCGAAACAGCUUUGUGUACAAAUUGUUGCGACGUUAUGAUUCUACCUACCUUGAGUGUCACCAUACAGAGUUUUGCUGCGAAAGCAGGAAGUCCGGUGAUAAGCGUACCGAUGGGGGUGUUUCCCAUAGAUACGCCCAUAGAGAAGGAUUCUAGAAACCACCUGGUCAACGUCGCACCUGGAAUACCGUUCUCGGCAUACAUAUUCGGAAGAGCGACCAAGGAUGAGGAUGUACUUAAAGUGGGGCAUGUGCUGGAGCACUUGACCAAGGUUAUGGAUACAUUGGUGCCAUAUGUAGAGAUGUGA